CUUUCUCGGGAAGUGUAACGUUGUUCCUGCUUAGUGCUACAUACCGUGACGUCGUGGGGUGGGGGAAGAGGAAAGAGGAGGGGUGAUCUCCUAACAAACAGCUGUUGCAGCUGUAGAGAGAAAAACGGAGAAAGAUCAGGAGCAGCAGCAGCAACCUGACCCCUGCAACAGCUUUACAAUGAACACCUACCUCUUUGUAUAUGACUUAAUGCAAUUCUGUGGACAUUCCUGGAUAUUUACAAAUAUGAUCAUCAGGUUCAUUUCAUUUGGAAAAGAUUCGUUGGCUGACACAUUUUACUCCAUAGGACUUGUAAUGCGCCUUUGCCAGUUGUUGUCUAUACUGGAGAUCCUACACAUCCUCAUUGGCAUUGAUAAAAGCCAUCUCUUCCCCAGGUUUUUGCAGAUCACUGAGAGAAUAAUUGUUUUAUUUGUCGUGAUCAACAGUCAGGAAGAAGUUCAAGGGAAAUACAUCGUGUGUGUUUUAUUUUUCCUUUGGAAUUUAUUAGAUGUAGUCAGGUACACUUACAACAUGUUAGCAAGGACAGGAAUAUACUACCUACCACUGACAUGGCUCAACUUUUCACUGUGCAUCCCGCUCUAUCCCCUUUCAGUUCUGGCUAAAGCAUUUGCAAUUUGGGUAUCACUGCCUUAUUUUGAAUCCUUUGGCACAUACUCCAUCAAGCUACCACUACCAAUCACCUUCUCAAUCUACUUCCCCUAUGUUCUGAAAAUGUACCUGCUAGUGCUGUUUAUAGGUAUGUGCUUUAUCAUCCAGAACCUCAUCUCGGAAAGGAAGGCACACCUAGGGACAGGCAACAUCAAAAAGAAAAGAAGCUAAGUUGGUAUUUUGUUUGGAAAUAAGAAAUAUAUUCCCAGUGGGCUGCUGCAUAUCAUACGGUAAAAAGAAAUUAGACAAAGAUUUUCAAUGCAAAACUACUGUUUGCAUUUACGUUAUCUGGCUAUGUAGAACUUUCAGAAAAAGCAGGUCUCUCCCAUUCACCUCAAAAAUGGAGCAGCUCAAAAUAACUAGUUACUUUUGAAAGUUUUGACUUCAAAUGGCAGGAGUUUUAAAAACAAAUACAUUUUUUCUAACAUAUAUUAGAGAACUCUGAAAAAAAAUUGAAGAGUGCCUCUACUCACAAUCACACUAACAACCCUUAUUUUGGUAUUAAUUCUUGCCUCAUUAGUAACAGAUUUUCUGUAAUGACAAUACCAUUUAAUCUGUAAGAUUAUUUUCUAUUAGGCCAACAUGUAUGUGCCUCAUAUAUAUAAAUGCUAAAUUGGCUAGAACAGAAUCUCUCCAGGAGCAGUAGCUGGAAACUUUGCACUCUAUGAGAGUCACAGGCUGAUUAGCCCCCAGCAUUCACAAAGGAUCCCUCACAUUCUGGCCCAAACUUCACUUCUCCAAACAAGAUUCCAGAAAAUGCAGCUAAACCACAAAGGCAAGUGAUCAGGUGCUCAUCUACUAUAUAUUCAAGGGGAUAUUUAAGGGUCAGAAGUAAAAACUUAUAAUCAUGUGUCUGGCAGACAUGAAGAACCUCUUUCCCCACAAUGAUUUUAUUCCAUGCUGAAGAGCAGACAGAUAUGCAAAAGAAGUGUGAUUUAGUCAGGCCAAAUACAUGUUGUUCUUUAAAGGGAAGUUGAAUGACUGUCAAAAGCCAUGUGCAAAAUUCUACUCAAGUGCACUGCUCCUCAUACUUCUGUAGAACUAUCUGUGAGAAUGCAACCAGAACAUGGUCUCUUCAAAGGCUGGGAAUGAAGAAUACGGACAGCAACCUAGUGGUGGACUUUACAGGCAAAAAUGGACAAAUAACUGAUUAGAGGCUGGCAGGGGCUUUUCUGAUGUUUCAUCCAUAUUGAUUAUAACCUACAUUUGAAUUCAAGCGGGGGGGGAGAAAAGGCUAUUUUUUGAGCUUGACUGAAAACUGGGGAGAGGGAGGAAAGAUAAUAGAGGGAGGAUAACAUUGAAAGGCAAAAUGAACACUAUCACAAUAUGAAGAGGCUCUUGCCUGUAUAACUUUCUAAACCAUGCAGCCUAAGAGAGAAUAUAAGAAAAGAGUGAAGCUGGCCUCUAUGAACUCAAUUGUUAAGAAAGGUCACCUACUAUCAUUUUUAUUUAUUUAAUAUAUGUGGCAGAAAAUGCCUGCAGACUAUUGUGAUCAAUGGAGUAUUUGCAAAUCAUAAGCAACAAGGUCAUGCAUGCAAUAGUAUGGGGUCUACCCUGGAUUUCUUUUUUGAAAGGACUGCAAAUAAAGGUAUGAAUUUGGAACUUAUUAGAGAAACCAAAGUACUUCCACAUUGGACUUCUGUCUGACCCAAACCAACUCAAAUGUGGAAAACGUGAAGAAAUGUAUAGAUCAGCUGAACAGGAUGACAGCUUUGAAGAAGAGAAAAUGUAUUUAAGAAAAGGUAAAAAAUGCUAUGCAACAGCUGUGAGAGGGAAGAAUAAGAAAGAUGUGAGAGGAAACAGCUCUGCAGACACCAAGGGGGAGGGGGAGGAGGUGCUCCAGGCACUGCAGCAGAUUCCCCUAUGGCCCAUGGAGAAGACCACGGUGGAGCAGGUCGUCCCUCUGCAGCUCAUGGAGGACCAGACCAGACAAGAUAUCCACACUGCAGCCUGUGGAAGACCCCACGCUGCAGCAGGUGUAUGUGCCCUGAAGGGAGCUGCAGCCCAUGGAGAGCCCACACAGGAGUAAGUUCCUGGCAGCAACUGUGGCCCAUGAGGGACCCACACUGGAGCAACCUUUUCCAGCUGGACUGUACCUCAAUGGAAAGGACCCAUGCUAGAGCAGUUCUUGAAGAGCUGCAGCCUCUGAGAAGGAACCAUGUUGGAGCAGUACAAGAAGGACUGUAUCCCAUGGGAGGGCCCCUCAUGCUGGAGCAGGGGAACAGUGUGAAGAGGAACAAGCAGCAGAAACGAAGGUUUAAGAACUCCCAUUGCCUACCCACCCUGCACUGCUUGGGGAUGAAGGAGGUGGAGUCAGGAAUGAAGGAGUGAAGUUGAACCUCAGAAGAAGGGAGGGGUGGGGAGAAAGUGGUUUUAGUUUUGUCUUUGUUUCUUACCAUCCUACUCUAUUUUUAAUUGGCAAUAAAUUACUCUUUGCCAAGUUGAAUCUGUUUUUGUGACAGUAAAUGAUAAAUGAUCUCCCUGUCUUUAUCCUGACCCACAAACUUUUCAUCCUAUUUUCUCCCUGUCCUGUUGAGGACGCAGAGUGAGAGGAGUGGCUGAAUGGGCAUCUGGCAGCCAGCCAAGGUCAAACCUACCACAGAUAUCCAUUCUAAGCCAUGUUUAUUGUUUUAUGUUUAAAAAAAUAAUCAGGAUGUGAUACUUGCAUUGAUUCUUACAGCUGGCUAAAAGGCUGGAAUAGGAGAAGGAUUCUUUAAAAUUCACUGUGGGGAAGACCCCCAAAUCUACAUUGCAGGAGAAAGGCAUGAAGUUAAUGACAGAAGACUUCCCCGCCUCUUUCUGGUGCAGAGGUAACUUGAGGCAGGCAAUCAGAGCAUCCAGGGAAUCAGCCUUCCAUGUGUGACGACAGCAGGCCACUCUAACUUCAGCUCCAAUGCCGUACUUUAGUUUCUGGAAAAGCUCAGGACUGGGCAUGCAAAAAGGUGCUUAAAAAGUUGCCUGAGUCUUUCCACCUCUAGGAACUUAAAUCUUUGUUCAAAACUUCUAUCAGUCUUGAGAUCCCAGCUCAUCUGUAUCUCCAUUUAGAUUAUCUGAUACUGGAAUCAAAAUAAGCAUUGCUCUUACAUAUCUACAUAAACACAGGCAAAAUAAUAUACUAUAUAGACAAGAGUGAAGAAAUAUCACUAGGGAAGUGAUAUAUAACUGAAAGUGGUUAAACAAUCUCUUUAGGAACAGACUGGUAUCUGACUACUAUAUUUGUCUGUCAUUUAAAAAACCCACUAGUUUUCAUGCAGUUUAUGUAUUGCGAGACUGAAUUCAUAAAUAUGUAUAUGAAACACAUACAGUGUAAAAAAGAAAUUAUAUGUAAGUGCUAAAGAUAGACAAAUGCUAAAGAUAGACAAGAUUU